AUGUCCGACGCGAUCCAGGAGCACAAGCUCGAGGCGGAGCACGAUGAGAAGCGACGCGCUCUGCAACCAGACGAGCUGCCGCUCCCGCAAGAGUUGGAACACCUUGACGCCAACGAGCUGAGGAUCCUGGACAGAGGGCUGACGCGGCGGCUCGACAUGACGCUUAUGCCCACGGUCUUCAUCCUCUUCCUGUUGAACAUCCUCGACAGGAACAACAUCGCGAGCGCGAAGAUCGCCGGACUCCCCGAGACACUGAACAUGACGAACAACCAGUACAACACCACUCUUCUCAUGUUCUACGUCGGAUACUGCAUCACUCAGGUUCCCUCGAACAUGAUCAUCGGAAAGGUCCGCCCGUCGCUCUACAUCUGCCUUAUCACCUCCCUCUGGGGCAUCCUCUCCAUGAGCCAAGGCUUCGUCAAGAACUUCUCCGAGCUUGCCGCAGUUCGCUUCAUCUUGGGCCUUGUCGAGGCUCCAUUCCUGCCUGCUGUGUUUGUCUUGAUGUCUUGCUGGUACACACGCAAAGAGCUUCCCCCGAGAAUCGCGAUUCUCUACGGUGGCAACAUGGUGGCCACAGCCUUCUCUGGUCUCAUCGCCGCGGGCAUCAUCUCCAAGAUGGAAGGGAAGGCUGGCAAGCCUGCUUGGGAAUGGCUCUUCAUCAUCGAGGGCGCGAUGACGGUGGUCAUCGCCCUGCUGCUACUUCCCCUCCUGACCGACUACCCUCUCCAGAGCAAACACCUCUUCAUCUCUCACGACCAGCAGCUCUACGCCGAAUGGAGAAUCCGCAAGGAAAACGCCGGCAUCAGCGACGAAGACCCAGAGUCCAUCUUCUGGGGCCUCAAACAAGCCCUCUUCGACCCGAAGCUCUACCUCUUCAUCAUCCAACAGAUGGCCCUGAUCACCGCCCAGUCCUUCAACAACUUCUUCCCCUCCAUCGUCGGCACCCUCGGCUACGGCCGCACGACGACGCUCCUCCUCACCUCGCCGCCUUACUUCUUCGCCUUCAUCGUCUCCCUCUGCGUCUCCUUCCACGCGGCGCACAAGAACGAGCGCGGCUGGCACAUUGCCAUCCCGAUGAUGUUCGCCCUCCUCGGAAACAUCCUGGCCAUGUUCGUCCCCUCCCUCGGCGGCCGCUACUUCUCCAUGUUCCUCAUGACAUCCGGCUCCUACGCGCCCUACAACCUCUGCGUCAGCUGGCUCUCGGCGUCCCUGCCGCGUCCCCGCGCCAAGCGCGCCGCCGCGCUGGCCAUCGUCAACUUCAUGGCCGCCGGCGUCGCGCACUUCUACACGAGCUACAUGUUCCCGGACAGCCAGAAGCCGCGGUACUACGCGGGCGGCGCCGUCAUGUCCGGCGCAUGCCUCGUGUGCGCGGGCGUGGCGCUGACGAUCAAGUACUACCUCAAGAAGCAGAACGCCAAGUUCGAGGAGGAGGAGAGGGCGGGCGUCACGAGCCACAGCCACAUCGCGGGCUCCAAGGCGGGACACGGCGGGGAGGGCGUGGUCAGCUUCCGUUAUGUCCACUGA